CUUUGCCUUACUCUGCACCACCCCUUCAUCUCUCUCUCUCUCUCUCUCUCUCAUCAUACUUAUUGACUCGAGGAGACCAGAAGGAAUAGAUCAAUGGGCAGAAACUGGGACUGCAGAAGAAGGUGAGGGGAGGGGGAGAACAAUGAAAGAAACCGCACAAGUAAGAGCUGUCAUCCUUCCACUGCUUCAGUCCCAAUGGCAUGCAAGGCAGGAGACGAGGAGAAGUGAAGAGAUAUUUGAUCUGUUUACUUCUCUUAUGUUACAUCCCCUGGUCUUUGUUUUCUUUGUUAUUUGAGAAGAUUGUCUUCUAAGAGCUUUAGAUCAUUGACUUUGCUAUGGAGCUUUGGGGGGGUUCUUCAUAUAUUCUUUUUCUUUUGGGCUUCUGUGUUGCCUUCCAAGGAUCCAAUGAAAAGAAGGCGUGAGAACAAAAGAAGGAGAUCAGCUUUCAUGGUUGUAUGUUGGCCAGCGGGAAUAUUUAUUUUGGUCUGAAAUCAACAAUAGAUCUGGGAGAGUGAGGAAGGAGAAACAAGAAGAAUACCGUCAGUAGAAAAAGGGAGGACAUGGCAUCAGCUUCGUCAUCAUCGUCACCCCUCCUUGGGAUCAAAGAUGAGGAGCUUCAACAUGAACAGAAACAACAGCAGCAGUCCUCUUCCGCCACGCUGCCUGCAACUCUGAAGAAGAAAAGAAACCAACCAGGAAACCCAACAGCAGAUCCUGAGGUGGAGGUGAUCGCGCUGUCGCCGGAGACGCUGCUGGCGACGAACCGAUUCGUCUGCGAGGUGUGCAACAAGGGGUUUCAACGGGAGCAGAACCUGCAGCUGCACCGCCGCGGGCACAACCUGCCAUGGAAGCUCCGGCUGAGAAGCGGCGAGGAGGAGGGGAGGCGCCGCCGCCGGGUGUACCUCUGCCCCGAGCCGACGUGCGCUCACCACCAUCCCUCCCGCGCCCUCGGCGACCUUACCGGUGUAAAGAAGCACUUCUGCCGCAAGCACGGCGAGAAGAGGUGGAAGUGCAACAAGUGCUCCAAGCGCUACGCCGUGCGCUCGGACCUUAAGGCGCAUUCCAAGACCUGCGGCAACUGCGAGUACCGCUGCGAGUGCGGCACGCUCUUCUCCAGGCGUGACAGCUUCAUCACCCAUCGGGCGUUUUGCGACGCCUUGGCGCAGGAGAGCUCGAGACUCCCUGCCGCCGGCCUCGACCUGCACGGGAACAACACAAUGGCUUUGAGCGUAUCUCAAAUGAACGCCCGGCUCACCUCGUUACGAGACCAAGGAGGCUGUGGAACCCCGGUCGAACACCUCGUGACUGCUGCGCACCCUUCGCUGUUCCGCCCACCUCAGCUCCCUCCACCGGCUGCUUUCUACCUCGGCAAUGGCUCCAACCAGGGCUUCGACGAGGAGCACCAGCCUGACCUCUCCUUGCUUCGAGGAAAGCGUUUUGAUGGCCUGAUGCAACUCCCUGAUCCCCAAGGCAACACCAUGGCCGCUGCCGACCUGUUCAACCUCAGCUUCUUCUCCACUAGCAGUAGGAGCACGAGUAGCAUCCGUAACAGCAACAAUGGCGGUGACCAGUAUAACCAGAUGCUGCUCGCCAGUGAUUUUAGCGAUGGCAACGGAAGGAGCGAACUGACGUCUCUCUUCUCUGGGAACCUUGUGAGCGAUCACGUCGCCGGCGGACUGACCUCUCUCUAUAACCAGAAUGAGUCCAACCUCCUCCCCCGGAUGUCAGCCACUGCAUUGCUUCAGAAGGCAGCUCAAAUGGGCUCGAUGACCAACAUCGGGCACUCGUUAUUGAGAGGAUUUGGCAACUCUUCUUCAAGCAGUCCGAGGCCUCCCAACACUGGCGGCGGCAACGGCGGAGACGGCCAGCAAGCUCGAACAGAGAACGAGACUCACCUCCGAAACCUGAUGAACUCGCUCGCGAACGGAAGAACCGGCCUCAUCGGCGGGCCCCAACAGGAGACCAGGGAGUUCGGCUCCGACGGUAAUCUUAAUCUUUGGGGCACCGACCAGCUAACGAGGGAUUUCCUAGGAGUGGGCGGCAUGGUGAUGAGGAGCAUCAGCGGCGGGACAUCCCGACAGGAACAGAAUCACGGCAUCGACAUGAGCGAGUCAACUCCAAGAUGAUGUCGCGGUCUUCAACCCAGUCCCAUGCCAGUGGGAGCCUGCAAUGAGGAAGAAGAGAGGGCGAACACGAAGCCAAGAAUCAAAGAAGCAGAGUGUAGUAUGCAACAUAUCAAAGAUGGUAAAUUGAGCAACGGUUGAAUUAAAUUUCCUUUUGAUAUCUAAUUAGUAUAUAGUAGAACAUUAAUACCUUAUCUA